AUGAAGGCUGUUAUCAGCCCCUCAGCCUGGAUAGGGAGAUGUGGACGGAGAUAUCUCAGCUUCAUUUCUACAACCCCCUUCCAAGCAAGAAACAACACGUUUAACGCAACAACCAAAGCCCAAUCAUUCUCUACAAGUCCUCUAACAGCCGCAAGCCCAGUCUCUUCACCCGAAAUAUGUCUCACGCCCACCCAAACCACCUACUCCCAAGCCACCCAUCCAAGCUCUCAUCCCUCCACAAACCCCAAAAUCCUCGUCCUGGGGUCUGGCUGGGGCGGCUACAUCUUCUCUCGCAAAAUCAACCCAGCGCACAACAACUGCACCGUAAUCUCCCCUCGCUCCUACUUCGUCUUCACCCCUUUACUCACCGACACCGCCGCCGGCAACCUCGACUUUUCGUCUAUUGUCGAACCGAUGCGCGAACUGAAAAGCAGCGUCGAUUUCAUCCAGGCUGCCGCUCGCAAAAUCGACUUUACACGGAAACGAGUCCUCUGCGAAGCAAGCAUCGUCAAAUCCGGUGUCACCGAAUCCCCGCGCGUCGAAGAGACGGAACGCCAAUUUGAGGAAGGACCUGAAACGGGAUCCAUGCGCGGAAAGGAGCAUUUGCGUGGAUGGGAAAGGGGUCAGUUAUUUGAAAUUCCGUACGAUAAGCUUGUUAUCGCGGUUGGAUGCACCAGUCAGACUUUUGGUACGCCGGGAGUAAGGGAAAAUGCAAUGUUUUUCAAGGACAUUGGCGAUUCGCGACGCGUAAAACGCAGAGUAAGAGAGUGUUUUGAGCUAGCCGCACUGCCGACUACGACGGCCGAAAUGCAGCGCAAUCUACUGCAUUUUGCGAUUGUGGGUGCUGGGCCAACCGGCACGGAGCUGGCGGCUACUCUGCGCGAUUUCGUGUCGAAGAAUAUGGCGGAAUUGUAUCCCGCCCUGAAGGACAAGACGAAAAUUUCGUUAUAUGAUGUUGCGCCGACGGUGUUGAGUAUGUUUGAUAAAUCGCUGUCGCAGUAUGCGAUUGAGACGAUGUCCAAGGAAGGGAUUGAUAUAAGGACGUCGCAUCAUAUCCAGGAAUUGAGAUGGGGGAUGCCUAACACCGAAGGGCCGCACGAGAUGGAUCCAAAGGGGUGUUUGACUCUGAAGACGAAAGAGCAGGGCGAUGUUGGCGUUGGAAUGUGCGUAUGGGCGACGGGGAAUACAAUGAAUAAAUUCGUCAAAUAUUCCCUGAACGAGAUUGACGAAUUUCCGACCGACAGCGCACUCCUCAAACUCCCUUCCGCCUCCUCUUCUUCUUCUGCUUCAGACAGCCAAAUAAUCGAAGCAAAAGGCUGGAAAAUCAAAAAAGCGCCCAAAGUCGGCGCCUUACUCGUCGACAGCCAUUUCCGCGUCCAGCUCGAGAAUCCUGGGACUGGUCAAGUCGCAGUGCUCCAGGACGUCUUCGCAAUCGGCGACAACGCCAUGCCCGAAACCGGCGCACCACCAGCAACAGCGCAAGCCGCCUCACAAGAAGCCAAAUGGCUGGCGGAGCGCUUAAACCGUGACGAUUUCGAUUCUGUGCCGGGCUUCUCAUUCCGCAACAUGGGCACAUUGGCGUACAUCGGCAGCUCAAACGCGUUAAUGCAGAUUCCGCAUGAGAAGACUGCCGCUCCUGGCGGAGGGGAUGAAAAGAGGCGGAAUCCGUAUUUGCCGGAAGGAUUAACAGGUAGAAUGGCGUGGUUGGUGUGGAAAGUUGCGUAUUUGAGUAUGAGUAUCAGUUGGAGGAAUAGGUUACGGAUAUUGUUUCGGUGGAUGAUUAACCGGGUUUUUGGGAGUGAUGUUUCUAGAUUUUAA